AAUACCUAUCUUUUCUCUUCUCCACUCUUCUCUUCUCUUCUCUUCCUGUAUGCUGUCGUUUACCUCUCAGUCUCAGUGGAGGGCUCAUCAGAGCUCGGGCAAUGGCGGCUGAAUCCAUAGCAAUGCUACCCUGGACCAUCUCCUCCUCCGUUCCCUCCGACCACAGGCUGCUGCCACGUGGAGGACUCUGCGUCUCUCAGAGUCACAGCUCUGCAGCACCUUCUAGAAAUUGCGUGGUUGCCAGAUACUCGUCGACACAAUCUUCGUUGCUCUUCUCCAAGGACUCGCUGCGGAAAUGCUUGCGGCCGCUAAAAGCGUUGGUGGCUUCGGAAACUCUGGACAUUCCUACGACGCCGUUUACUGGCGAUGAUAAAGUCGGAGUCUUGUUGCUCAACCUUGGUGGCCCCGAGACUCUUGACGAUGUCCAACCCUUCUUGUUCAACCUCUUCGCAGACCCUGAUAUCAUCAGACUGCCAAGAUUGUUCCGUUUUCUUCAAAAGCCGUUGGCGCAAUUUAUAUCUGUUCUCAGGGCACCAAAGAGCAAAGAAGGCUACGCCUCAAUUGGCGGUGGCUCUCCUCUUCGACGAAUAACUGAUGCACAGGCGGAAGAGUUGAGGAAGGCUCUUUGGGCGAAGGAUGUCCCGGCAAAAGUUUAUGUGGGUAUGCGUUAUUGGCAUCCAUUUACUGAAGAAGCUAUCGAACAGAUAAAAAGAGAUGGAAUUACAAAGCUUGUUGUCCUUCCACUUUAUCCACAAUUUUCAAUAUCGACUAGUGGUUCAAGCCUUCGGCUUUUGGAGAGUAUAUUCCGGGAGGAUGAAUAUCUAGUCAACAUGCAGCACACAGUAAUACCAUCCUGGUACCAGCGUGAAGGGUACAUAACGGCAAUGGCAAAUUUGAUUGAAAAGGAGCUUCAAAGUUUUGAUAGCCCUGAGAAGGUAAUGAUAUUCUUUAGCGCACAUGGGGUGCCACUUGCAUAUGUGGAAGAGGCUGGCGAUCCAUACAAGGCAGAGAUGGAGGAAUGCAUAGAUUUGAUAAUGGAAGAAUUAGAAAAGAGAAAAAUAACUAAUGCAUACACCCUUGCCUAUCAGAGCAGAGUUGGACCUGUGGAGUGGUUAAAGCCUUAUACCGAUGAGACAAUAGUUGAGCUUGGGCAAAAGGGAGUUAAAAGGCUGCUGGCAGUCCCUAUAAGCUUUGUCAGCGAGCAUAUUGAAACUCUAGAAGAAAUUGAUGUUGAGUACAAAGAAUUGGCUAUGAAAUCUGGUAUAGAGAUUUGGGGGCGUGUUCCUGCACUAGGAUGUGAGGCCACCUUCAUUUCAGAUUUGGCAGAUGCUGUGAUUGAGAGCCUGCCAUAUGUUGGAGCUAUGGCAGUCUCUAAUCUUGAAGCUCGACAGCCUUUAGUACCACUUGGGAGUGUGGAAGAGUUGUUAGCGGCCUAUGAUUCACAGCGUAGGGAGUUACCAGCACCUGUGACAGUUUGGGAAUGGGGUUGGACAAAAAGUGCCGAGACAUGGAAUGGAAGAGCAGCUAUGUUGGCGGUGGUUGUUCUAUUGGUGCUAGAAGUCACCACCGGGGAGGGGUUUCUGCACCAAUGGGGCAUAUUGCCCAUACAUCGCUGAAUCUAAUCCCCCUUUCCCUCCUUCUCCCUUAUCCUUUUUAUUCUUCUUUUUCCUUUUCCUAAAUGUACCUAUUCAUAAUAUGAAGCCGUUUUCUUCUUUUUUCCCCAUACAUGGUUUACGUUACAUUACAUACUAAGGCAUUUGAGUCCCUGCUUACAUGAUCAAAUAUAGGCUGUUGAGGUGCAGCACUUUGUGUGGAGGCAAAAGUUGAAAAUUUGUAUGAUAUAUAUAAGUCGUCCUGUAAUCCUUCUGUUCA